AUGAAGGCUGGCAGUUGUCCUCAGUUUGAGUCUCCGGAGCCGCUCUUAAUCCCGGUCGGAUUCCCGAUCCCGAUCAGCUUCCAGGGCAGAAACCUGGACAUCUACCAGAAAGACGAUCAGAAGUUUUCCAUCGGCACGAAUCUGAUGAAGGACACGGAGCUGACGGUCAUACAGGAGCAGGGGUCAAAGUUCAAAUUCAACGGAUAUGAGUUCUCCUAUGAUAAGCAGCAGGAGGUGAACGUCUCCUUCCACAUCAUAGACAGAGGCACAGAGCGGAUGGUUGACAGCACGCUGACAGUCUCCCUGUAUAACUGCUCAGUGAGCAGGGAGGAUUGCAGUCUGUGUAAAAAUGCAGCUUCUCAGUAUGAGUGUGUUUGGUGUUCUUCGUCUCGUUCCUGUGUUUAUCGAGAGCUGUGUCCGUCCCACCAGCCGGCUCAGUGUCCGCCCCCCGAGAUCACAGAC